CACGCUCGUCCAUGUACACGCACUCCAGGAUCAUCUUCAACGCCAUUUAUCACUUUUAUCACCAUUACCAGGGGUAUCGUGGCACAAAUCAUUUCCAAUAUCAAUUUGAAGACAGCCUCAUGAGUUUCAUCUCCCUUUCGGUGUCGAUAAACCCGUGGUUGCCGAUUACAAUCCCUUUACACAUCUAAAACUCGGGCUUUUGGAGAGGGGUGUGUAACCAAAACGAUGACCUCUGAGGCCUGAGGGUCUGCCAACAGCGUUCUAUCGCGCAGUCUACUUUGAGAUCGUAAAAAUAGUUCACUACUAAACGCGAUGCAGAGCAACAGUUGUGAUCCUGUCAACUUCGAAUUUGGAACGCGAAGAACGCACAGGGACAGUUGUCAUGAGGCCAUCUCUAUUUCACCAGAGCUGUCUUCACAUGGAUGUACGUGCGCCAUGUGGCGCACACGACUUCACAGCAACACAAAGUCAAAUGUGUAGAUAUAUUCUUAUCUGAAGAACGCCAUUCGAAGAAAAAGAUACUGUCGAACUGCCGAGGAGUCCGUGUCAAGUUAUAAAGGGCAAAUUGUUCUCCACAGGCCAUUACCUCCGUCGACCCGAUUUCCCACUCAUCCUUCAGACUUCAAGGCUCGAGAAUGGUACUAUUCAGCAGAUUCUUCUCCUCCGUCCUUCUCGCCGUACUGUACGCCUCAUACGGUAAAGCCGCUGCUCGUCCUGGAGAUGUGAAGUUCAGUACACACCACGUGAGGGACCUCGGGAAUGGUGUAAAGGUUGAGGUUUUUCACCCUCCAUCCAACUACAAGACUUUCGGGGAGGGCCUUGACGUUCCUUCAUCAUUCUUCGAUGCUCCGAUUGAAAACAAGACUGUUUCGUUUGUCUCCUCGAAUUUGAACGUGGAUUCUGCCAAAGUCUCAUUCAAGUCUGGGUUCACCAAGGACAACGAUGAAUCGUUUGGAUACGCCGAACAGGUCCAUGACGGUAUUCCUUUUGUGAAUGCAGUUGCCAACGUUGCGUUCAAGGACAACAAGGUUGUUGCUUUCGGUCAAUCUUUCGUUGAUACCUCCAAAGCUGCGGAUUCCAAACCAUCGGUCGAUGUUUCCGCUGUCAUUUCGAAGGUGGAAGAAACUUUGCAAGGCAAGAAGAACGAUAUCGAACCCACUCUGGAGUACCUUGCUCAGCCAGACGGCACUGCUGCACUCGUGCACGUUUUCCAAGUUCAAAACGACGACACUGGGACAUGGUAUCAAGCUUAUAUUGAUGCACACUCCGGGAAUUUACUCUCUGUAACUGACUUUGUCGCUGAAGCUUCUUACCGUGUUCUUCCGGUGUUCAAAAUGGACCCUACGGAGGGCCUCGAACUACUUACAGACCCUUCGCUUCCCUCCGCAUCGCCCAACGGAUGGCAUCUCUCUAAGGGCAAAGAUACAUCCGGUAAUAAUGUCAUCUCUUUCAAGGGUCCACAGGCGAAUACUACCACAGAGUCGAGUGAUGGUCUCAUCUUUGACUAUACAUAUGACCCCUCUGUGGGCCCGACCGAAGGAGAUAAUAUCGAUGCUGCCCGCACGAAUGGUUUCUACGUGAUCAAUACUCACCACGACACACUGUACCAAUAUGGAUUCACAGAAAGCGCUUUCAACUUUCAGAAGGACAAUUUUGGAAAAGGUGGUCGGGGUAAUGACCAAGUUCUCCUGAGUAUCCAGGAUGCCGCCGGAACCAACAACGCCGACUUUGCUACCCCUCCUGAUGGUCAAUCUGGAAGGUGCAGGAUGUUCAUAUUCACCAUCACGACGCCGAACCGGGAUGGUGUGCUCCAGAACGACAUUCCACUUCACGAGAUGACCCACGGUCUCACUAACCGUAUGACUGGUGGCGGCACUGCCAAAUGUCUGCAGAGUCUUGAAUCCGGAGGUAUGGGUGAAGGAUGGUCUGAUGCUGUUGCUGAGUGGUUCGUCCGCUCUGACACACCCGAGAUUACCGACUUCGUUACCGGCACAUGGGUACUCAAUAAUACUGAAGGUGUUCGCUCAAGACCUUAUUCAACCUCGAUGACGACCAACCCUUUGAAGUACUCUGACGUCGCUAAGUUGGAUGAAGUACACGACAUCGGAGAGGUAAGUUAGCUGAAUUAACGUCCACGCAAGUCGAAGAUCUCGCUGACUAGCUCCGUUUCUCCAUUUCCCCCCGGCUUCAUAGGUCUGGGCAAACCUUCUUCACAACGUAUACGCCGAACUCGUAGGCGCACAUGGAUUCUCCACAACCGCUCGAACGAGUGCAAAAGGGACGGAAGGAAACAUUGUCUACUUACAGCUCCUCGUUGAUGCUCUGCCUUUACAACCUUGUAACCCCACUUUCCCCGACGCUCGUGCAGCAUGGAUUCAAGCCGAUGCCAACCGGUAUGGUGGUGCUAACCGGUGCCUGUUGUGGAAGGUGUUUGCUAGUCGAGGUUUGGGUGUUGGUGCGGCAAACCACGUCGAUUCGUUCAAAGUUCCUGAUGAUUGUUGAGACAUGAUAUCAUUCUUUUUCUCCUUCCCAAAUCUUGAAAGGAAGUCGAUCGGAUUUUUAUUUAUGUAGUAAUAUUGCAAUCAAUUUAUCGGACGGACAACUUAUAGCAAGCCCG